AUGUGGAACGAGAUCUUUGACGUCUACUUUCCGGCCUCGGGCACGGCACCGAAAUUGGCAGGCAACGAGCCGAUCGCCAAGUGGACCGACGCUUGGAGGGUGUUGGUUGAUCGUGAGUGCCUUUUCGAACGAAAGACAUGACUGUAGCCUUUGCUGAUAUCAACCACCUACAAAAUCCAGAAUCCCUGUUCGCUCCCCCAUCUCUCCCGCUCAAGGCAACCGGCUUUUCGCUGCUCUCUCUCGCCAUGCAACGCCUUCCGCCCUCGGACGUCCCCGCGCUCUUUGGCGAGGGCGUCGUCCGCACCUUCACGAACCAUUUACGAAAAUCGGGCGAGACUGAAAAGACGUUGAGCCGUGUUGUAGACAGACUUGCCCUCUCGAUCCCACCUUUCCUCGCCAACAAUCCCUCCGUUGCUUUGCCACUGCUCAAAACGCUCGUCGCCCCUCCCCACGGUCAGCACACCUUCGACCCCAAGACGAUCGAGAAGAUCGUCGCCAAAUUCGAUCUCAAGAGUGUUCGCGGCUGGAUCAAUUAUCUCAAGGAAUUCAUCCUCGGGAAUGGGGAGCAGGAGGGAGACGAGUCGUCGAUGGGUCUCGCGUUGGAGCCGGAACAAGUCAAGGCCUUGGCCGCCCGACGGACGUGGGCAUUCGACCAGCUUCUCCAUCUUGUUCGCUCAACAGCCGUCACAAAGGACGACGAGAUCAUUGCUGGUGUGCUCGAAUUCUUCGCCGUCCUCGGUUGGUUCGACGUCCGAAAGUCCGGCAAGGGGGCACGGUCCUACGUUGCGACUCCGGUUUUGACCGAAUCGCUUCGCCUCGCCGCUCGCUCGAGGUUCUUCUCCAUCUUGACCGUCUUGGCUCCCUCUCCCGCUUCUCUGGCAUCGACCAAGACCGCUGGAAAACCCACCCCGACGACCGCGACCUGGCUGUCUCGCGCUUUGGCCCUGCUCGAGAAUCUCGCAUCAGACAGCAAGCACUUCACACCCGUUGACGGAGCCGACGCCGACGUUGAAGCUCUACGAGCGAGCAUUAAGAAGAUGUACACCAAGCUCGAUGGGAAGAAGUCGUCUGCCGAGGAUGGACGCGUCCAUACGGCCAAGGCCUUGAUUGGGGCCGUAACGCUGCUCUCCUUUGACGAAGGCGAGGACUCAAUCGAUGCCUUAGAAAGCCUGUCGGAAGCUUUACCCCUGCUGUUCCCCAACGUCAUCAAGGGCUCGGAUGCAGCAUCCCGGAAGUCGACCAAAGACAAUGAGGAUGACGAGAUGGCCGACGAAGAGGAGGGAGAGGCCCCCGAGCCUGCCACCGUGUUGGUCGACUUGUUGCUCGAGCUUUUGCGGAGACCGUCGGCGUUCGUCAAAAGUGUUGCGCAGCAAGCGUUUGUUGGCUUCUCGCAGGAUCUUGGGCCUCAGGCGAUGGAGUUGUUGCUGGAGCAGAUUCGCCCUGAAGUGUCGGAAGCAACCGGGGAUGAGGUUGGCGCCGAUGGGAACGCCAGCACGACCGCCGAGAAGGGAGCCAAAGCCAACGGCAGGGCCACCGCCGCUUCUCGAACCGCUGCUGCCGCCGAGGAAACCGAUGACGAGGACGAUGACGACUCGGACGAUUCGGAUGUCGACGUUGACGAGGACUUCAAGAACGAGCUCCUCGCGGCGUUGCAAGCCAGUGGAGUCGCCGACGAGAUCGAGGCUAAUGAGCAAGCCGCUGAGGACAGGAACGACGACGAGUCGAGCGAUGAAGAGGAGCUGCUCGACGACGAUGCUAUGAUGGCUUUGGAUGACAAGCUCGCCGACAUCUUCCGCCUUCAGUCUGGCUCGGGUGGACGAAGGAGCAAGAAACUUGAUCGAACGGAUGACAUGCACUAUCGUCUCCGUGUCCUCGACCUUGUCGAUGCGCUGGCUAAACACCGCUCAUCCAGCCCUCUGCUCGUCUUGGUCGUGCUUCCUCUGCUCGGCAUCGUUCGGUCCACCUCGGCGCUCGAAAUGGAGUUGCAAACCAAAGCGGGUAGAACACUGCGAUCGAUUGUCCAGAACAAGCGCGAAGUUGCCCCUUUUGCAACACCUGACGCUGCCCUCGAAGCUCUCGAGGAGCUCCACCAGAUCGCCGCGGGAGUCGAUUACGCCGAGCUUGCCGCCCUGUGCAGUCAGACAGCGAUCUAUCUCGUCAGAUCCGCCCUUGCUUCGGCUAGCUCGGAUGCCUCGACCGCCUCGACGAUCGCAAAGUUGUACAGCGACCGCUUCUCGGACUACUUGGUCAAGAAGAACAGCAAGACGAGGGUGCAGCCGACGCUGACGAUCGAUUUUUGCAAACGCUCGCCCGUGUGCGCGUGGCCCUUGUUCGAUGCCGUCUUGGACUUGUCUCAGGGUGAAGAGAUAGUUAACGCUUAUCGAAGGAUGCAGGCCUUCGAGGUCCUGCACACACUCGUCACCUCCUUCGUCGCCCAGUUCUCUAAGACUCCCGAAACGGCACGACCUCUGCUCAGCAAAUCCUUGCCCAGAUAUCAACAAACACUCCUCUCCGUCUUCACAUCAGCUGCCGAUCCAGAAAAUCCCAGCGCAUCGUUCGACGCUUCAAGGCUCAAAGACCUCGUCAAGUUCGCUCUUGCCGGUGUUAGACUGACCAAGACCCUUGACGCGACACAAGUCAAUGACGUUUGGCAGGUGGAGAACUGGAUCCAGGCUGGGGAAGCACUCAAGAGCAGCGAUCGAUUCAAGUCUGCAGCUGGGGUUCAUAAUUCGCUCAAGCAGUUGAUUGCGAUGAUCGGGGUUGGGAGUAAGGCGGGGAAGAAGGAUCAGGGGGAUGCUGCGGGGAAGAAGCGGAAAGCGGGGACCGACCUGCCGGCACCUUCGACGAACGCCGAGGGGAAACAAUUGAAGAAGACCAAAACGACGUCGACGGUAGUGCACGGGGCACCGGUCGUCAAAGAGGUAGCGGCGGAGCUUGAGGUUGAGGUCGAAGACGAUGAGGAGAUCGAACGUGCUGCGGCUGCUUUGUCCGGCGGCUGGGCUUCAGAAAAGGGGUCCAAGGGGAAGAAGAGCAAGAAGGACAAGAAGCGGAAAGCAUCGGAGUGA